AUGGACCCUCUGGCUGGGCUUUCGUUAGCAUGCAACAUCAUGCAGGUGAUCCAAUUUUCGGCCGAAACGUUGAGAGUCUUCAAACGCUUGAACGAAGGCGUCUCGCCGGACCUCUACGUGGAGACGAACAGAAAGUCGCUCAUGACAGCGACGGAGAAACUCAAAUCUACGCUCAGUACGCCAUCGGUUCUCAAGCUGGUACCAAGAGAUGCUACGCUUCUCCACGUCUGCAACGAGAUCGUAACGGUAUCAGACGCACUCCAUAAGCAAGUACAGAAAUUCUUCCCAGCCAAAGGGGACUCGAAAACGACAAUCCUUCGCAAAAGUGUUGCUUACCAAUUCAAGUACAAGAGCACGACUGGGAAGCUCUCGCAGCAGCUGGACAGGCUACAAAAUCGCAUGGAAUCUGAGAUUCUGAUCGACUUACGACAAUUUUUGAUGGAAGACCAGUAUGAAGUCCUUGGCCGAUUUCAGAGUUUGGACAAUGACCUGAGAAAUUUCCAUGCCAAUCUGAUCACGGGGCAGACGCGGUUAGAAGGCCUGGUGGACCAGCAGUCUGGCCAGAUCAAGGAAGCCAUCAGAGACGAAUCGCAGAAAACACGAGAACGUAUAGUCCAGAGUGCUCAAGAGACCAAGGAUCUCAUCGACACGACGGAGAGCGAACGGAUCAGCGAUGUUGCCUGUCAGCAGUUUCUUGAGAGCUUCCGAUUUCCCGAAAUGAACGCGCGGCGGAACACGAUUGAGAUCUCGCAUCCAGAUACCUUUCAAUGGAUCUUCCAAGAGCCUGGAAAGACUAAAGGUAGUGACGAUGACGUACCGAAGUGGAGCAGUUUCUCGACAUGGCUUCGUGACGGUACAGGCACGUACUGGAUCAGCGGCAAAGCUGGUGCUGGGAAGAGCACUCUCAUGAAAUUCUUGCUGGAAGACCCGACUACAAGACAAAUACUCUCAAAUAACCGCUCCAACACGAUGAUCAUCUCUGCUUUCAUUUGGAGCUUAGGGGCCAGUACGCAGAAAAGCUUGGUCGGCGUGCUGUGCACUCUCCUCUACGACUUCUUCGCUCAGAAUCGCGACAUCUGUCGGCAGAUGAUGAAAGAGAGGCAAAGCGACUUCCGUCUCAAAAGAGAAAGUUCAGACUGGUCCUUGCAGGAGCUCGAGUUGCUUUUCUCUUCGGUCGUGGGCAACUGCCCUUGUUCUUUAUGUAUCUUCAUUGACGGCUUAGAUGAGAUCGAUCGAACCAAGUCGACGGAGGUCACGAGUCUUAUGAAAUGGCUAGAGAGUAUACGCGCUCUCAGAACCGUGCAGCUUUGCGUGUCUAGCCGCCCGGAGCCAGUAUUCGAGAAUCGGCUUCGACAAUAUCCGCACCUGCAGGUUCAAGAUCUUACAGCGAAAGACAUAAAACACUACGUUUCAAGUAUCGUAUGCAGCCUGGACUUCGGUUUCGAAGGAUCCUCACAGGAUAUCCAAAAGUUAGUCGAAACCAUCGUUAGGCGAGCCGAGGGCGUCUUUCUAUGGGCUCAUUUAGUCGUUGAGCACAUUCGCACAGACACAGAAUACUCUUCGAACUGGAAGACACUGGUUCAGAGAGUCAACGAACUACCAUCUGGAUUGCACUCAAUGUAUAAGUUAAUGUGGGAACGGCACAACAGCGACAGUGAAGUCCAUCGCGCCGAGACUGCCUCUUUUCUGAAUGUGUUGCUAGAAGCUCUUCGCCUGGGUGGUUAUAUCUGCGCCAUCUUUAUCUUCGCUGGUUUCCGCGCUCAACUUCAAGAUCUUUUACAAGAGUUGCCUUCUGAGGAGCUGUAUCGAGUGAAAAAGAAAUUGCUGAUCUGCAUGUGCAUUGUCAAAAGGACUAUUAUGAUCCGCGAUGCAUCUGAUUUUAUGAUUGAAUUGCUACAUUGUGUUCGUCCCCAGGACCUAUCAAACAACACGCCUUUCCUACUCCAUGGGUCAUUAGUCGGGCAUCUUUUCGCUUACGCAAAAUCGUUAUUGGAGAUUUCAUUGCCCCGCAGAUUCCAAGUCUCUCAAAACGGCCCACGAUUUAUUCGUCUUUUGCUGCAAAAAUGUGGCGGCAUUGAAGCCCUGUCAAAGUGGCGAGUGUUAGUCAUGCUUCCGCACUAUGUAGCUAGGCCAACAUCGAGAGAGCCGGCUACUGUACUGACGAACUUUCACGCUGUGCUCGACUUUUCUGGUGGUGGAAAUAGCAGUCCGCAUGCAACACUGGUAGAAUCUAGUAUGCUCGAGGUGUUCUUGGCUGAAGAGUCUCCUCUGCAGAAGUUCUUGAUUCACACACGAGGCCUGAGCCCAGCUGGACGGACCUGCUUGCAAAAGAUAGUAAUGAUCGUGCAAUUUGUGACGAAACAAAACGACAUAACUGGGGAAUACUACAUAUCUGGCUUUGACUCGAAGCCCAUCUAUCACAUGGACACAACACUCGACCUGGGAGAGCUGUUUAUAAUGAAGUACAGCUCAGGUACAUAUUCCAACGAAAUUCUCGACGAGCCGAAACUCAAUAGUGAACAAACUCUGGACUUUCUUGUUGCAAAAGGUUAUUUAACACGCGAUUGUGUGAACCCUGUCAACCCGCUGCGAGCCUUGCUGGACGAGGAUGUUCUGGCUCCUGAAAAAUCUCCCCAAUUCAGUGACAUCGACUGGUCGUUUGAGAUAGAUUGCGAACGCUUGGAGCACGCUAGUCGAGACGUAGUCGAAAAGGAACGGAAAGCAGGGAAUCCAAAGGCUAUUGCGCCUUGUAAAGGGGGUAUGCGAUUUUCGGAAGCUACCGAACAAUGGCAGGACACAUGGGAGUCAUUGAUGGAAGAGUUGCACAUCGAAGACUGGGAUUACGAGGGGUAA